AUGGCCUUUGCAGCUUCCCUGUCUGUGCUCCAAGCACAGGCCAGCUGCCCCAUAUGCCUGGACUACAUGAGUGACCCAGUGACCACCGAGUGUGGCCAUAACUUCUGCUGUUGCUGCAUCCAACAGUGCUGGGAAGAUUUAGAUGAUGUCUUCCCCUGUCCCGUCUGCCAGUACCACUGCCCUUCGAGAAACCUCAAGAGUAAUACCCAGUUAUUGCGAAUGAUAGAUAUUGUGAUGCAGCUUCCCGCCACAGGGAAUGAGAGGAAACCCCUGUGUGAGACGCACGGCCAGGUCCUGGACUUCUUCUGUGAGCAGGACCUGGAGCUGCUGUGUCCCCAGUGCAGGGUCUCCAGGGCCCACGAGGAUCACCACCUGGUGCCCAUUGAGAAAGCUGCAGCUCAUCACAAGAGGAUUCUGGGAAUGGACAUUGAGUGGCUGAAAGAGCAAGUUGAAGAUGCUGAAAUGGCACGUGAUAUGCAACCUAGGGAAUGUGAUGAACUGAGGAGCCGGCUGAAUAACUGGAGGCGGAAGGCACAGUCUAAAUUUCUGUCUCUUUACUGCAUCCUGAGAAGGGAGCAAGAGGAAGCACAGGUCAGGCUAGUCUGCAAGGAACAGGAUGUUGAAGGCAUGCUAGUUGAAAACAAACGUCGGAUUUCAGACCACAUAGCCGCAGUGGAAGAUCUGUUGAGUGAAAUAGCAGAGAAGUGCCUGCAGACAGACGUGGAUUUCCUGAGAGGGCUUCGCAGUGUCAAUCACAGGUAUGAAGGGCUAAAAGCUCCAGAGAUCUUACCCUGUGAGAUAAAGGAGAGGUGCUGCGUCCUGCCGCGGUUGUUUGGGCUGCAGAAAAUGAUGAGCACGUUUCCGGUGGAUUUGACCCUGGAUCCUGGAACCGCCCACCCAGAUCUUGUGGUCUCUGAAGAUGGAAAAGCUGUGCUGCUGGAAGGAAGGAUGCCACCUGAUUCCUCUUAUGAGCAUUUCGCUGUCCGCAGUUGUGAGAAAUUCGCUAGUGGGAGGCACUUUUGGAAGGUACACUCAAGAGGCAGAGGCCAGUGGUCGCUGGGUGUGUGUCAGGAAUCGUUCCCCACCGAUGCCAACACAGCACCGUGCCCAGAGUACGGCUGCUGGCAAAUCGAUGAGUACCUUCCCCUGUUCGAAAUUGAAGACAGAUGGAUUGGCGUCUUUCUGGACUAUGAAUUAGGAGAAAUUUCAUUCUUUAAUUUAAGUAUCAAAUCCCACUUGUAUACCUACACUGCUACCUUUACAGAAAAGGUCCAGGCUUACUUCUCCAUUCUACCUUUUUCACUUAUUAACAUUACGAUCCUUGGGGAGAAAUAA